GCCUCGAGUCCGCAGAUAUACAACGUGGUGCCGGGCGCAUAAAGUGAUACAGAGCAGAGUGAAGGAAGAGAGAGAGAGAGAGAGUGUGUGAGAGAGAAAAGGUGCAGCUGAAAAAAAGGGUAAAGGAGAAGGGGAAAAGGAGGGUAUAGGAAUCGACGAGGCGAUUCUGUCCUUCACGGGCGGCGGGUUUGAUCCGCUGGGAACAUCGGUAAAGGAGGAAGGUAAAGGCUGUUUUGGUUGAAUAAUUAAGAGUUUCCUUUCAGCUAAAGAGUAUCAUCAUACUGGACGAUCUUCAAUACGGGUGCUUUUGUGUCCAACUGCAUCCAAUUCUUUUGCAACCACCUGAAUUACUUGGAGCACUUCAUACAUUGGGUACCAAUGUGUUCUAUGGGUUAAAGGAUAUGGAGCAUCUUCCUAUUAUGCAGGGUUCUCUAUACAAUUAUUUUCUGAUUUCUAUAUUUUUGUUUUGUGGUUUCCAAGAAGCAGAAUCUCAGAAAACUGUACUUCAACCUAGAUCACAUGUUCCUGAUAAGUUUGUUUUGUCUGAUCCUCCAAUUGGUCUUUUUGGCCCUAUUGAAAUUUCACCUUCUGUAGUUCCAAGAAAUCCAUAUCCUGUUGAACCCCUAUCACCAAUGUAUCCUUCCUUUCCUAGAACGUAUGAACCUGUCUUAACUGGAAAGUGCCCUGUUAACUUCUCAUCUAUUUUAAAUAUUGUGGACAAGACUGCAUCUGAUUGUUCUGCACCUUUAGCAGCACUAGUUGGGAAUGUUAUUUGCUGUCCGCAGGUGCAUAGUCUUUUGCACAUUUUCCAAGGCGCUUACAGCAGUGAGACUGAUAUGCUUGUGCUACACCAAACUGAAGCUGAUGAUUGCUUUUCAGAUAUCAUUAGUAUAUUGACAAGCAGAGGAGCAAACAGUACAAUACCUGAGCUUUGCUCAGUAAAGCCAUCAAAUCUCACUGAUGGCUCUUGUCCUGUAAAGGAUAUUAAGUCAUUUGAAAAAGUGGUCAAUUCAAGCAAGUUAAUAGAUGCAUGCAAUACCAUUGAUCCACUUACAGAAUGCUGUAGGCCAGCUUGUCAACCUGCAAUCAUGCAAGCUGCAUUUGCCAUCUCACAAAGUAGGAACACUAAUCCCAAAAAUUCUGCUAUUCCUGGGAGUGCUACUAGUGUUGAUGUUGUCAACGACUGCAAGGAGGUUGUGUAUGCUUGGCUUUCUAGAAAGCUGCCAUUAGAAGCUGCCAACACAGCAUUUAGGAUGCUUUCUAGUUGCAGGGUCAACAAAAAUUGCCCAUUGAAGUUUCAAGAGCCCUCAAAUGUAAUUAAGCAAUGCAGUGAUUUGGCAUCGCCAAAUCCAACUUGCUGUGCUUCAUUAAAUACUUAUAUCGGAACCCUCCAAAAGCAAAUGCUUAUAACAAAUAAACAGGCCAUCAAUUGUGCGGCGUUUUUUGGAUCCAUGUUGCAAAAAGGUGGUGUUAUGACAAACAUUUACGAGCUUUGUGAUGUUGACUUAAAGGACUUUAGCCUUCAAGCCUAUGGACAACAAGGGUGUCUACUUCGGAGUUUACCAGCAGAUGUUAUAUUUGACAACACCACUGGGGUUAGUUUCACCUGUGACUUGAGUGAUAACAUUGCUGCUCCAUGGCCUUCAUCGUCUUCCUUUUCAUCCAUGUCUUUUUGUGCACCGGAGAUGUCUUUGCCUGCACUGCCCGUGUCACCAACCUCUGGCAACUUAGGUAAUCAUGCCAGGAGAUUGGGUAUUUUUGCACACUUAUCUUUUUAUUUGGUCUACGGAAUUUUGUUAUGAGGGGGUGAUGGUCUGGCUAGCAGUUAUUUAUAUAUUGAGCGAUUCAUUUUCCUGUACAGCAUGCUUUGUGUUGUUUGCACAACAAUCUGAAAGCACAGUAAUUUCAACGAGAUUUUGAACGCACCUCAUGAUCCUGAAGCUUUGUGAAUGUGAAUAUGGAUUGUAGAAGAAUGCUUUUAGAAUGUCUUGCUUUCCUCAAA